CCAUGUCUCUCUAUCUAUCGAAUUCUAAUCGAAGAAUUUUAUAACCUAUCUAAACAAGAACGUUUUCGGAUGAUUUUCGUUUUUACGUUUAUCGUUAACAAAAGUGUACAAAUAAAUCGAUAAUAAUUUAUUAUUUUAAAUCAGUGAAUACAAUUGUGAAAUAUGAAGGAACAACAAGAAUUAUUACAACAUUUGGAACAAGUUGAAGAAAAAGCUGGAGAGAUUCUAACUGACAGACAAGAAAUAAUUGCACUUGAUAAACGAAGAAACGAUGACAGGGUUGGCAUGAGAGCAUUGCAAAAAGCAAACUGUGAAAAAACUUGGAUGGCUAUAGGUCCUAUGUUAUUAAAAAUGCCAAGUAAAACUGCAGAAGAAUUGCUUUUAAAGGAUCAAAAACAAUGCGACAUAGAAGUGAAUAAACUGAGAAGUGAUUUAAAGAUCAAAGUCAAUGAACUGAGAGAUUUGGAAUUGAAUCCACCUGUACCUGGUUUAAUGUUAAAACCUAUGUCCUAUAAAGAGAUGUCUGCAAUGAACCAAGUCUUAGGAGGAAAUACUUAAUUACUGUUAAUAUUAAUUAGAUAUGUAACGUUUUAUUUAACUAUAAAUUAUCGUCUUUUA